GAAUUAGAUUGACAAGAUAGAAGAAGUAACUUCCGGUUUACACCCUUCUGAGUCGAAGCUUGCGAAGCUAAAUGUCAAUAUUUUAAUCAAUAAUACAGUAAAUUAGUCAUAACAAUGUCUAAAUCUGUCAAAAAACAGGUCGAUGAUGCAAGAGACAACAAGCAUCAGGACCUAGAUUUGUCGGACAAGAGCAUUUCAAAACUGCACGACAUUCCAGAGCUGUUUUCUCUAAGUAACCUUGUGAGGCUGACUUUGAGUCACAAUAAGAUCGAUGUUGUCCCACCACAUUUAGUAGAGCUGACAAGUCUGGAAGUACUCAAUCUGUUCAACAACCACAUAGAGGAGCUUCCUACAAACAUCAGCUCUAUGCAAAAUCUCAAAAUUCUAAAUGUUGGCAUGAACAGACUGUACAGCUUGCCAAGAGGAUUCGGAUCAUUUCCCAAAUUAGAAAUAUUGGAUCUCACAUACAACAACCUCAAUGAGAAUAGCUUGCCUGGAAAUUUCUUCUUAUUGGACACACUGAGGGCUCUAUAUUUGAGCGACAAUGACUUUGAAUUACUUCCUGAAGAAAUUGGUCAACUCACUAAGUUGGAAGUGUUGGGUGUAAGAGACAAUGACCUCAUCGCUCUCCCUAAAGCCAUUGGACAGCUUGUGAAGCUCAAGGAGCUUCAUAUUCAAGGCAACAGAAUCACAGUUCUGCCCCCAGAGCUCGGUAAACUUGAUCUGUACACUGGUAGGAACAUCAUGAAAGCAGAGCACAAUCCUUGGGUACCACCAAUUGCUGACCAGUUCCAAGUGGGCGCGUCGCAUGUCUUUGAUUACAUCAGAUCAGAAACAUACAAGUAUUUGUACGGCAGACAUGUUCAAGCAGGAGCAGCACCUCCUCCUAAGACCAACGCCAAGGCUAAGAAGAUCAGCAGGAGGGAGAUCUAUGGCAAGAAGUGAAAAUUGAUGGAACAUCUCAUUAUAGAACAAUAUAAUACAGGCCAGUAGGUUCCCCCUUGGUCUAAACCCCCCUUUUAUAAUGUCGGAAUACAACACCAACUCAUCUAUGAUCAUACAAUGUAAACAUGGAGCUGGAAGCCGGCGGCUGCUUACAGUCUUGCAGAUCACUUGGUAUUAGACACUAGCUAGUUUUCGCAAGCGGCGACGUGGCCUUCUACAACGCCAAUCUUAGCCGGUGGUCGCACUCAGAGCGAAAAUUUUCACGUAGCGUCCAAACCUAUGACGGUAUUCAGCCGUAUUAGCCUCGGGAGUACAGAGUGGCGAGCUCAUUUAAAUACCCCAUAGU